UUCCUCCCAGGCCCACCGAGCGGCGGCCGCCCCUCCCCCCGCGGGAAGCGCGGCCAUCGCUGCGCCCCGCCCCCUGGUUGCCAGGGCAACACCGGGACGCUAACCCUGCAGGGACUUGGCUGGGAAAGCGGGUUCUCAGUGGAAUCUCGGGGCCAUGGCCUCGCUGCGCAAUGCCAGUCCCAGGCUGAGGAACUACUUCAAGGAGCACUACAUUCCUCAGGUCUGCGAGGCUCUGUUAUGUGGUCUACUUGUUACAUGUCCCAAGGAUCCGCUGAAAUAUUUAGAGAAAAUGAUUAUUCUUAUAAUGGAAAAUGGUCUUGAACAUAUUCGUUGGGAUAUGUGCAUUGAUCCAUCAAUGAGGCCCAUGAUUCGGAGAUUGUCAGAAACUUACCUGGAACAACUUUUUGGACUGGAUGAUCAGCUGAUGACUCCUGAAUUGAUGAUAAAAGCAUGCACUUUUUACACUGGAAAUUUAGUAAAGACCCAUUUUUGCACUUGGAGAGAUAUAACAAUACCUCCUGUAAAUGAAAGUGAAGUUUUGGCUAAAAAAUUGGAAAUAGCAAAUAACUAUAAUGAUUUUAGAUGUAAACGAUAUCUAUUUUCUCAUUGGCACUUUUAUGUGAAAGAUCAAAAAGAAAGACUUAAAGCUUCACUAGCACGGCUACAACAACUCUUCUACUCCCAUAGGCUAAUAAUUAGCCUGUCUAAAUGGAAGGACAAAGCAAGACAGAAGUGUCUAAGGAGAGAAAAUAAGCUGUUGUUAGAACAUGAAAUUCAGUUGAAUAAAUGGAAAAGCAAGCAAAAGAUAAAUAUAAUUGAAGAAGAAUUUGUUUUUCCUGAAGAAAAUGUGCCUGAACCUGUUAGUGAUGGUUCUGAAUUUGACAUUUCACUCUUACCUGAAAGUGCGAUAUUAAAGAUUUUCUUCUACCUCACUUUAAGAGAUGUGAUAAUAUGUGGCCAAGUUAGUCAUUCCUGGAUGUUGAUGACACAAGCAAGUUCAUUGUGGAAUAAUAUCGAUUUUUCCUUAGUUAGAAGUAUGAUCCCAGAUAAAUACAUAGUGUCAAUUUUGCAAAGGUGGCGGCUGAAUGUGCUGCAUUUGAAUUUUCGUGGUUGUGCUCUCCGAGUGAAAACUUUGAAGUCUGUCAGCCUGUGUAAAAAUUUGCAAGAGCUGAAUGUUUCUGACUGCCCAACACUCACAGAUGAAUCAAUGAAAUACAUCUCUGAGAGCUGUCCUGGAGUCCUGUAUCUCAAUCUCUCUAACACAUCUAUCACCAACAGGACAAUGAGACUCCUACCAAGGCACUUCCACAAUUUACAGAAUCUUAGCCUCGCUUAUUGCAGAAAUUUCACAGACAAAGGUUUACAGUACCUGAGUUUAGGGAAUGGAUGCCAUAAACUCCUCUAUCUGGACCUUUCUGGCUGCACCCAGAUUUCAGUCAAAGGUUUCAGGAACAUUGCAAACAGCUGCACUGGGAUUAUGCAUCUGACCAUCAAUGACAUGCCAACUCUGACAGACAACUGUGUGAAAGCUUUAGUUGAGAAGUGCUCUCGCAUUACAUCAGUAGUUUUCAUUGGUGCACCACAUAUCUCUGAUUGUUCUUUCAAAGCCCUUUCUACUUGCAACCUUAGAAAGAUCCGAUUUGAAGGGAAUAAAAGGAUUACUGAUGCAUGUUUCAAAUAUAUAGACAAGACUUAUCCAAAUAUCAGUCACAUUUACAUGUCAAAUUGUAGAAGAAUAACAGAUGGUAGCCUCAAGUCACUCUCACCUUUGAAACACCUGACUGUGUUGAAUUUGACAAAUUGUAUAAGACUUGGUGACAGUGGACUGAGACAUUUUCUUGAUGGUUCUGCAAGCACAAAAAUAAGAGAGCUAAAUUUAAGUAACUGUACCCACCUGAGUGAUGCCUCUCUCUACAAACUAUCAGACUGCUGCCCUAAUUUAAACUACUUGAGUUUACGAAAUUGUGUAUUGUUGACUAACAUAGGAGUUGACCAUAUCGUGAACAUCUUUUCCUUGUUAUCAAUUGAUCUUUCCGGAACAGUAAUUUCUAAUGAGGCUUUGGUAGCACUUUCCAGACAUAAAAAAUUAAAGGAACUUUCUCUGUCUGAGUGUUAUAACAUCACUGAUGCUGGAAUUCAGGCAUUCUGCAAAGGCUCACUGAUUCUGGAACACUUGGAUGUCUCUUAUUGCUCCCAGCUGUCAAGUGACAUUAUCAAAGCACUAGCUAUUUACUGCACUAAUCUCACAUUUCUCAGUAUUGCUGGAUGUCCAAUGAUUACGGACUCCGCAAUGGAAAUACUAUCUGCAAAAUGCCACUACUUGCACAUUUUGGAUGUUUCUGGUUGUGUCCUGCUUACUGACAAAAUGCUUCAGCACCUUCAGAGGGGCUGCAAACAACUCCGGAUCCUUAAAAUGCAAUACUGCACACUUAUUUCCCAGGAGGCAGCUAAGAAAAUGUCAUCUGUUGUUCAGCAGCAAGAAUAUAAACCUGAUGACCCUCCACUGUGGUUUGGCUAUGAUAGGGAAGGCAAGCCUCUUGAAGAGCAACAAAAUAUAAAAUAUAAAAGAUCUCAUCUCAACAGUUUGCGAAGAAGCAUGCAGUAGCCUCACCACUAGUCAUCAGAAAGAAGAACAAAAACUUUUGGGUACCUGAGACAAGACACUGAAGUUUAUGUUCAUUCCAACCUUACAGUUACUUAAACUUUUAAUGGAAGAAAUAAAAAAAAAGUACCCUGCUA